UUCCAUCCCCACACUCUGCCCAGCACUGCCUUGCUGGCCCCAGGGUUUCACCUGAAAGCCACCUGCAAGGAGCAGGGCAGGUGGAGGUCACAUCCCUGGGGUGGGUGAAUGAAGCAAAAGCACCCCCACAAUUUUUUCUGCUCAUUCAGCAAAUUAAACCUCCAUGGAAGAGCCUGGUGGGUGUCUGAGGUACUGCAGAGAAGCAGGAGGCCAUGUCCAGGUGGGAGGAAAGAAAUUUGUGCUUCACACUGCAGAUGGCAGUGCCAAGCUGCUAGGUCUGCUGCUGGGCUGCAGCUUCAUAUGAAGAGAUGAGCUGCAGUCAUGUGAGCAACACCGAAGUCAGCGAUCAGAAACCUGAAUCUUCAAGCCUUGGUUCAAACCUUUCCAUGUCAACUGAGAUUAUGACAUGCACUGACUAUAUCCCAAGGUCAUCAAAUGAUUAUACCUCACAGAUGUAUUCUGCAAAGCCAUAUGCACAUAUCCUUUCUGUACCUGUAUCCGAAACAAUGAGCCCUUACCCUGGUCAGACUCAGUACCAAGCACUACAGCAAUCUCAGCCCUACACCAUCUACCCCCAGACCACCCAAACCUAUGGACUACCUCCUUUUGGUGCACUGUGGCCAGGUAUGAAACCUGAAAGUGGUUUAAUUCAGACUCCAUCUACAAGUCAGCACAGUGUUCUUACCUGCACUACAGGGUUAACCACAAGCCAGCCCAGCCCAGCACGUUAUUCUUAUUCCGUUGAAGCAUCAACUACCAAUGCCAGUCCAGUCUCUACAUCCUCAACUGUUGUCAAUAUUUCCACGUCAGCAGUAGCCAGCAUCUCACAGGAAUAUCCUACGUACACAAUCCUUGGCCAGAGUCAGUACCAGACGUGUUACCCAAGUUCUGGCUUUGGAGUCAUAACACCAGCAGACAGCAACGCGGAGAGUUCUGCAUUAGCAACAGCUACGUAUCCAUCUGACAAAGCAAACGCCAUGGUGCCUACACGGACAGUGCAGAGACAUUCCUCUGGAGAUGCAUCCACAAGUCCCUCAUUGUCAAGAGCAACAGCAAGUAAAGAGUUAGAUGAGCAGGCAAGAAAAAAUAUCCCUGGGAAGAACAGAGGGAAAAGGAAAGCAGACACCUCUUCUUCACAAGACAGUGAACUGGAGCGAGUGUUUCUCUGGGACCUGGAUGAGACCAUCAUAAUUUUCCAUUCACUUCUCACAGGGUCUUAUGCUCAAAAAUAUGGCAAGGAUCCAACUCUGGUAAUUGGCUCAGGUCUCUCAAUGGAGGAGAUGAUUUUUGAAGUAGCUGAUACUCACCUGUUUUUCAAUGACUUGGAGGAGUGUGACCAGGUACACAUAGAAGAUGUGGCAUCUGAUGAUAACGGCCAGGAUUUAAGCAACUACAAUUUCUCCACGGAUGGCUUCAGUGGCUCAGGAAGCAAUGCCAAUCACAGUUCAUCAGUUGGUGUCCAAGGUGGAGUGGACUGGAUGAGGAAAUUGGCCUUCCGUUACCGCAGGGUACGAGAGAUCUACGAUAAAUACAAAACAAACGUUGGAGGCCUUCUCAGCCCACAGAAGAGGGAAGCUCUGCAGCGACUAAGAACUGAUAUAGAAGUGUUAACAGAUUCUUGGCUGGAAACUGCAUUAAAGUCCCUGCUACUCAUACAGUCCAGAAAAAACUGUGUGAACAUCCUGAUCACAACCACCCAACUGGUGCCAGCUCUUGCCAAAGUUCUCCUGUAUGGAUUGGGAGAGGUGUUUCCCAUUGAAAAUAUUUAUAGUGCAACCAAAAUAGGCAAAGAGAGCUGUUUUGAGAGGAUUGUGUCACGAUUUGGAAAGAAAGUCACCUAUGUGGUAAUUGGAGAUGGGCGUGAUGAAGAGGUUGCAGCUAAGCAGCACAACAUGCCUUUCUGGAGGAUCACAAACCAUGCAGACCUUGUGUCCCUUCACCAAGCCCUUGAGUUAGACUUCCUGUAAGAAGCCAGAGCAAAGGUGUGGCUGUGGCUCCUGCAAUCUCUCCAUCACUGGGGAGGCAAAGAUCUCAUAAACAACUGGGGACAUUUUCAGCUUGAUGAAGAAAACAUACCUAAUGCAAAUUGUACAGUAGACUUCAGGUCAUUUCCUCAGGAGCACAGACCUGGCCAAGUCCAGAGGUGUCCUAUGAGAAGCACUAGACUCAGCAGAGCUAGAGCUUGACUGGUGAAGAGACUCAUGGAAUCCAGCUGAAUUCUUCUGGCAGGUAGUCUCCAGAGGGAGGGGGUAACACAGCUGAGAAGGCUCUUACUGAUACUUCUGCUUUUCUAUUCUGCUUAGUUAUAGAAACCCAAGUAAACAUAAAACCUUAUUUUUAUAGAAAAAAACUGAUGGCAGAGCUGAACCUCCCUUGUUUUGCAAAGCCAAAAAGAGAUAUUGGUUGUUUUUUGUUUGUUUGUUUUUUUUUUCCAUGGGAAAUAUUAAUGAAAAUGUCAAAAAUACCUCCGCUGCUGUGAAAAUGUGUCCUCUCUCCUUCUCUGGGUGUUCAAAAGCAGUUAAUUUAUUAUGAUAUCCUUACAUUAUUUCUAUAACAUAGGAUUUUUCCCAUUCUGGGAUAAGUGGUUCCUAGUAGAGGGAGGUGUUGCUGUUGGUUUCUCCCAUUGGCUUCUAGGCAGUGUGUGUAGGAUGCACAUGGCUGAGCCCUGUUAAUGAGCAGAGGAUCAUUGGAUUCCAGCUGUCCGUGUCCCAUAGGUCCCACAGGUUUUUCCUGGAUGGGAAAAUGAAACUGCCCACAAACCUUACAGAGAGUGCAACACUAUUGAAGAGAGUGGUGAGACCUGAACAGAGUCCUCAUUUGGACUGGAAGUAAUUUGAGAGAGAACUAAAUUCUCACAGAUGUUACAAAGAACUGAUCUCUGCCUCUGCUUUUCUGACUCCAUUUGUGAGAAUGUGUUUCCUUUGGUAGAAUCAGAUUCAGUUUUCUUGUAUUCUUUGCAUUAGCCUAACUACAUAGUGAGCACCAAAAUAAAGUCCUUGGCAGGAGGUACUGAAUUCUGUAACACACUGUGACUUGCCAGCCUGGAGCACACUGGCCUUGGAAGUGAUGGAUACACUGAUUUAUUUUAUUUUAUUUUAUUCUUUUGCUACCAUCUCAGAAAAUAAGUCUGGAGUCAGUGAGCUGCAGUACUGCUGACCAGAAGGGGCAACUGGAGGCUGGGGGCUGCUUUUGUGCCAAGUCAGGCUGCAGGCAGUGGGGUCUGCCCCCCCCCCCCCCGUGCCCCCUGAUGGCACCAAACCAGCAGAUGCCUGAGAUUUCAGAGGAUGGAUGGAUGCUUUGCUGCUGAGCCAAACGCUGCAGCUGCACCCGAACCCUUCCAGACUGUUUCCAGCCCAGCAUCACCCAGCUGUGUCCCGUGGGGACCGGUCUCAAAGGUGCAGAGUGUGACUUAGGAAGGAUGCGGACUGCUCAGGUGACCAUCAGUGCUGGGGGGUGCUGGCGUGGCUCAGCACAUGCGUGGAUUUGUCCUGUAAGGGACUGCUGUGAAGUGUGUCCCUGUGCUCUGCUCACCGCUGCUGGGGCUGCUGAAGGUACGUGGCUUGGAUCCUGGUCUCUGUUUCAGCCCUGGUUUUGGCUGUAAAGAUAAAUACAAAUCAGAGGAGUUUGCCUUUCUCCAAGAUGGCCUCAGAGCCAUCUGCUUAUCCGCCAGCUCAGCGCCAGAUGCCAACCAAGUGCUUUGAUCACAAGCGGACAUUCCAGGGCUGCGUAUCUCCACAGGAAGCCUCUGCCUCGGGAGUGCAGAGCUGGAGGGGGGAGAUGGUGCAGGGCAAUGGUUUGCUGCUGGAGCCAUAGAAUGGUUGGGGCCGAAGGCACCUCAGAGCCCCCAGCCCCUGCUGUGGGCUGGCUGCCACUCCCCCAUCAGCUGCCCAGGGCCUCACCCUGCCUGACCCUGACACCUCCCAUCCUUGGCAGGACUGCUGACUGUCAGGCACACUCCUGUGCUUUACUCCCAGCACAGCAUGUGGCCACUGCCUCCUGCAGCCCAGGGUGGGGGUCCAGGGUUGGCAGACCAUUCUCUUGGCACAGAGCACACUGCAGCCAGCAGGCCCUGCUUUGGUUGUUUACUUUAAAAUGUUUUAAGGGAAUUUUAGGACAGCAACAGAAUUGUAGCUGAGCGCGGACCUAUUGCAGCCAGUGGCAUUUCAUACUGAUAUUUAUACGAUGUCUCCUUGAAUGUAUGUAAAGUACUUUUAUAGCAGGAGGUCGGUGGUACAUUUCUGUGUUUGUUUAAUAAAGGCUGACCCGGCGAUUUUAUUAUUUUCCUCUGCUGGCUGCUCUUACGCGUUUUCCUGUCUCGCACAGCAGAGGCAGCGCCUUUACCCGACCACUGAUUUGCUUCGUGUCCCUUUGCUGUUCCCAACCCGGCUGUAAGCUGAACUGCUGACAAAUGCCAAAUGGAAGCGGCCUCCUUCUGGCUGCCCACCAGGAUCCCACACCACUGACUGCACAGACCCUGGGACUGCCCUCGUCCCGGGGAAGCUCACAGAGCCCCUUCUGUGCUCACAUGGGAAGCCCAGGGCUGCCUGCGGUGCAGCCGCUUCUGCGUGCGUUCUGUGUAAUGGGAACUGUCCUAUGAACUGGAAAAAAAAAUAAAGUCUUUUAUUUUCUAUA